GUAUCGCAGGUUGUAAGAGGUUAUUCUGCACAUUUAACACACAGUGUUCAAAUUUGUUGCCUUGAAGGAACGUUCUGCAAGACAAGAAGAUGUCACGUUCACUUUUAAAGUAUGGUCAGUUGCCAGAAAAACGAACUGCAUUCUUUUUGUGCGAUAUACAGGAAAAAUUCCGCCCUGCUUUAUCACAUUUUGAGCAAAUACUUGAAGCUGCAAAGAAAUUGGUUCAGGUCUCCAAGAUUUUAAAUGUCCCUCUUGUAGUGACAGAGCAGAAUCCAAAAGGGCUGGGUAAAACGGUGGCAGAGCUGGACAUAUCUCAUGCUCGUGGAGUGUACCCAAAGACAAAGUUCAGCAUGGUAGUGCCUGAAGUGGCUGAAGAGCUUGAGACUCUUUGUGAUGGGAUGCUUGAAUGUGUCGUGCUAUUUGGCAUAGAGGCGCAUGUGUGUGUUGAACAGACUGCAGCAGAGUUGUGUUUUCGAGGCCUUCAGGUGCAUGUAGCUGCUGAUGCUUGCACUUCACGAUCACAGGAGGACCGCCUCUUGGCAUUUGAGAGACUGCGACAGAUUGGCUGUUUCAUCACGACAAGUGAAGCAGUCAUCUUCCAGCUUUUAGGAGAUAAGGAACAUCCAAAUUUUGCGGAUAUCCGUCCCCUCAUCAAAACGGUUUCACCAUACACUGGACUUGCGCACACAUCUAAAAUAUAGUUACCAUGCUUUUAUAUAUUCCAUACUAACCUAAACAAAGCGAAAGGCUGUGUCCUGUUGGGUCAAUAUUUUACAUUCUGAAGUUCCUUUCACAUUACAACCAUUAGUAGCAACAGCACGUUGAGGUACAGCGGUUACUUUCGCAUAAGAUUACUCUUUACUUUGGUGCCGUGAGUUCAGACAGGACUUUCAUUCUCUUGAAGUGGAUACGAGAAAGAGAAUGCGUGAAAUGUAUUUUACGCUGUUUAAUUCAGAAUUGUAUCCAUAUCUAGUUGGGCUUCUUGCGGGUUAUUUAUUUAGAAAUUGAUUAUAUUUAUUUGGCCGGGGGCGUGCCUUAUAAACCGAAUGAAGUAGUAUCGUGUUUACAAUUUGGACCAGUGAUUCUAGCGCUGUCACUUUUCUGAAAAUCCGUGACGUCGGUAAUAUUUUUAAAUGUGGGACUGCUGAACUCCUCCAUAGCGCUGGGCAGAAUUGUCGUUGGAUUAAAUAUGUUGCUCGAAGUAGUAAUUAAAUUUUUAUGCUGAAUAAGUAAACUUCGUGCUAAUGAAUGGGUGUCUUACAGAUUAUGCUGUUACACCAUAAAAUUUAAUGUUUGCUGCAGAGAUGUAAUGUGAAAGUUGUUUCAAACAGUGGCCUUUACGACAGUUUUAUUAUAUAUAUAUGUAUAUGCACAGGGCAAGGUGUUGUUAGUGUUGUAUAAAGAGGUGUUUUCUUGAUUCAUUAUGUUGCAUAUCAUGUUACUUGACAUGGCAUAUUAUGUUUAUGUUAUGAAGCUUUCGUGCCAGUGAUCUGUUUUUAGUGUAACAUAAUUAUAUUGAAAUUAAUGUUAUAUGAAAAUAAAUUUGUUUGUUGUUUUAACAUA